AUGGCCAUUGAUAUUUAUUGUGUAUUAUUUUUGACUAUUUUCAUUAUCACUAUUAAAUGUGAUUCUGAUGUAAAUGUGGCAUUAAAUAAUGACAAUCAACAUCUACACGAGUCUUCAUCAUAUAAAUAUAGUAAACAAGGCAAUUUACAACAAUUUAUCAUUAUGAAUAUUUUCAGUUCAUUUAAUAAUAUAUUUUUAAUGAUAAUAUCGAUAACUCUAAUUCCUAUUAUCAUAAUAUUCUUUCUAAUUUCGAUAACAACGCGUCGACUGCAUCAAUCAUUAUUAACAAUUUAUCUUAGUUUUGCAUCAGGUGGCUUAAUGGCAGAUGUUUUUCUUCGACUUCUACCGUCCAUUAUUCUUGCAUAUAAUGAUUCAUUUGACACUAAAAGUCAAUCUGAGGUUUAUCAUCAACAUGAUAAUCGUGCUGGUUUAUUUAUACUUGCAGGAAUUUUUCUUUCAUUUAUUAUUGAAAAGGUUUUUCAAUAUCUCCAAAGUUACAAUCAUGAAAUAUAUAAUGAAUCUUCAACAAUGAAUUCAACUGAAAUUUUAGCUUAUCUAUUUUUAUUGGCAGAUAUUUUGCAUAAUUAUACAAAUAGUGUGACUCUUUGUUCAAUCAUUUCAAUGAAAUCAACAAUCAAUUCAGGAAUGCUAAUAACGAAAAUUAUUUAUGAACUUUUGCAUGUAUUCUAUGGUUAUAAUAUUUUGAUUUAUAGUGGGAAAACUUUAGAGAAAGCAAUGCAAUAUCAAUUAUUAACAGGACUAAGCGGUUCAAUACUAUUUUUAGCAACUUUGAAAUUUCAAUCAUAUCUGAUCGUACAAUUAUGGUCAAAUCAGAUACUAUUACCAAUAAUUGCUGGUAUAUUCAUUUAUAUUUCAACAGUACAUCUUAUUCCAGAAGUAAUUGGCAGUGAUUAUGGAAUGAAAAAGACUAUUUUAAAAGUGAAUGCUUUUAUUGUAAGUGUUCUUUGUAUAUUGUACUUAAAGAAAUAUGAAUAA